AUGGUGGUAAUGAAGGAGUACCAGCAGGUCUUUGAUGGAGAUAUUGCCCAGACAUGGUUUGAUUUCGAUAUCGACACUCUUUACCUCGAUGGUGGACCAAUUACAAAACACUUACAAGUAGAGAUGAAUUGUGCGAGCUGGUCUUCCGAUUUUCGAAAAGUCAAACGUCUUGCUGUUUUCAGUGAUCCAGAAGAAACAUAUGGAUACUCACAUCAUAUCAGGAACUUUUCUAUGCGUGAGUUCGCGUUUGGUGAUUGGUUGUACCACAUGUUAUAUUGUGGCAGUAUCACCAAUGUUAUCUUCAUCAAUAGGCGCCAUCCAUUGACUGUCUAUGAUGAUCUCACACUUAUCGACUUACAAAACACUGUCGCAUCAUUGGCCAUAUAUGAGAGUCCGUACGAUCCUAUUACCAAAAAAGCACUACAACGAAAACAAGAAUCUUUCCGCAAUCGAUAUUGUUCUCAUGGCAUCAAGCUAGGACCAAGCUUAGCAAACAUUCAAAGUUUGGAUACUGUAAGACAACAAGAAGCUGCUGCAAACGGCGGUGUAGCUUCUUUUGAGAUGCCCAUUAUUGAAUGCAAAACCAUGACGACGAAAGCGAUGGAGAUGAAGUUGAAGGAAGCAGCAGCACAAUAUCAAGUAAAGAAAAAUGAAUAUGAAAGGAAGAAAAGGAAAAGGGAAGAGAUGCUUAAUGGAACAUUUCUGCUCUCUAGACUGAUGGGAAUUGGAAAUUGA